UGACUCAAUUUUUUUCCCUGCAUUCAGAAAACAACCGAAUCGGAGGAGACUCCCGACGACUCUCCCCUGGGCUUUCGAUUCCGCGGUUUUUCUCUUUCUUUAUACGCGGAAGUCGAGAGUCUCAGACACCAAAUCCCCAUUUCUAAUUCCCAACUUCGCCGCCUCUUUCCAUUCUUUAACACCAAAAAAAAUAAAGGAUCAAUCGUAGUUUUUGAAAUUUCAUUUCUGGGAAUCCAAUUCUUGAAAUGGGCACGCCUGAAUUCCCAGAUCUAGGAAAGCACUGCACCGUCGACGAUUGCAAGCAAAUUGAUUUCUUACCCUUUACCUGCGAUCGCUGCCACCAGAUAUUCUGUUUGGAGCAUCGAAGCUACAUUAAACAUCACUGUCCAACUGCUGAUAGAAAAGACGUCACUGUUGUCAUCUGCCCACUCUGUGCUAAAGGAGUUCGACUUAUUCCAGAUGAAGAUCCAAACGUCACAUGGGAGACACAUGUUAACACUGAGUGUGAUCCAUCAAACUAUGAGAAAGCCACAAAAAAGAAAAAAUGCCCUGUCUCUGGCUGCAGGGAGAUCCUAACAUUCUCUAAUACACUUAAGUGCCGAGACUGCACAAUAGACCACUGCUUGAAGCACCGGUUUGGACCUGAUCACAAAUGCCCUGGACCCAAGAAGCCCGAGGCUGCAUUCCCAUUUAUAGGUCUUUUAAAUAGGAGUAAAAAGGAAGACUCAAAACCCAGCCGUGCUCCAACAUCUUCAUCUAAAUGGGCUACAAGCUUUCUCAAUGUGGCUUCAAAUGUUCGAGCCUCUGCUGAGGCAGGAAUGACAAAGUUGACUAGCGAAUUCAGCCAAGCAUGGCAGACGACAAGGGAUGGAGUGGGACAGAGCAGCGGCAGCAGCAGUGGGAGCAGAGUCGGGCAAGUGGAGGAGUGCCCCCAGUGUCAUGCAAAGUUUUCUUCAGUUACAUCUCUGGUUGAGCAUGUGGAGAAGGUCCAUGAAAAAAAUUCCAACCGAGCUGCUGUAAGGAAGGUGACAAUUGAUGUAUGCCCAAAAUGUAGUAGAGGAUUUCGUGAUCCAGUGUCUCUUGUUGAACAUGUGGAGAGGGACCAUGGUGGUACUUCAAAAGCUUAGCAAAAGGUAUGCCUGUCAAAGCAUCAAAAUGUACUCGUGGCCAAGUCAUUGUAGUCUCUUUGAUUGUUGUUUCCAUUGUUUCGAGGACGUGAAAAUGCAAAUAACUUGUGAUCAUUCAAAAGCUUAGCAUUUUGAACUAUAAUGUAAGCUCCAAUACCCAAUGUUUCUACAGGUGCAUGAAUUUUUGAAUCAAUCGGUCAUUGUUUU